AUGAGAACCUCAUUCAUCUCCCUCCUCGCCAUCACCGGUCUUUUCGGAACUUCUCUCGCCGCCCCAACAAUCGCUGGAGUCGAGUCCCGUGCUACCGCAAACGCAACCGAUAUCAUGAACAACUUCUACACCCAAGUGCAAACCCACACCGGAACCAUCAACUCAACCCUCAACACCAUCACCUCCUCUUCCAGCUCCGCCCAAAACAGCACCGCUCAAGCCGCCAUCUCCAAAGCAGUAACAAACAUCAUCACCGCCGCCACCACCACCAACACCGCUCUCAAAACCCAAAAACGCGAUCUCGAAGCUCGAACUUACUCGGCUCAAGAUCAACAAAUCAUCAGCGGUACUUGCGCUAAUGCCAUCACUUCGAUUGCCGGAACCAUGGGUCUUGUGCAAAACACAUUCGGAGGAGUAUAUACCGGUGGACUGAUCGGUGGGUUGGUUGGUGCUCUUGGUUUGGUGUUGGGUACGUUGGAUGCGAUUGUGGGGGAUGUGCUUAUGCUUGCGGGAGCUUUGGUUGGGGGUGUUUUGGAGGGUGUGGGUGGUUUGCUUGUGGGUAUCUUGUUUGGGAAGUGGUAG